AUGAUGAAGCGCGGAUCACCCGACAACGACGACGACAAAGCCACAACUCGCUCCGGCACGCACAAGCGCCGCCGCCAACUCCAGCCGUUGCCUGUCAGAGGCAGCCCCGACCCGCCGCCGCGCAGCAACGCCAUCGACCGCGUCUCGGCCUGGCUCGACUGCCUGCCCGAGAGCCCACGAUCAUUAGCCUCCAGCGACGCAGUCGACAAGCCGCAGGACAAAACCGUCUUCGACCCGCCCUCGUCGCUGUCGUCCAACCCCAACAAGCCCCGCUCCCAGAACUACCGCGCCCAGGUCCUCCGCCGCCUCGAGAUCCGCGUCGACGCCGAUGCCGACGAUGAAGCCCGCCAGCGCCUGCUGCCGCCAAUCCAGGAUGGUGGACUGAACGAGGAACGCAUUGGAGAGGUGGCACGCGAGCUGUACGAGAGUGCGAGAGAGCUUCUAGAGCGGGCGGCCGUCAACGACGAGUGGACAGCCCCGCUCAGCCGCACCAUCCAGUCCCUCAUGCGCGACAAUCCCGACCAGCUCUGCUGCCUGCCCGACAGAGAGUGGCAACCCGCGCUGAAGCCCGUCACCUACAUCCACCGCAUCGCGCCCUCGCCGCCCUCGCUGCCGCAGAAACGCAGCAGCACCACGCUCGCCGCCGACUCUCCGCACCCCGAACCCGUCUCCUCUCGUAACAACAACAACAACCUGGGCUACCCCACACCGGACCAAACCCAGUCCCCCGUCCAAAGCCAACCCGCCACGAACCCGCCGCCGCCGCUCGCGCCCCCGCGCACGCCCUUCCUCCACCUCGAGCCCGCUCCCGCCCGCCUGCAGCCCAAGACGCCUUGCCCGGACCUCUCCAUCGGCCUUAGCGACAGUGAUACGGCAUGGACGACAGACGAGCAAUCAUGGACACGCCCGGGCCUGGGCGGGCGAGAUGUGAAGGACAUCCUCGUGGACCUGCAGCACGCCGCCGGCCAUGAGGACCGCAUGACGCUCAUCACCGAUCCUUGCGCCGCCUCCCCCAGCGGUCUGCGCUUCCCCUUCUUGAUUGUCGAAGCGACGCCCGGUGCGAACGCGAGCAUUGCGGAUGCGGAGAACAACGCGGCGGUGGCGGCGGCGUGCGCCCUAAGGAUCCUGGCGGAGCUGUCGUCGCCCGAGCGCGCUGCUGCGGUCAAGAAAUCCUCGUCCGAGCCGUCGCCGCCAACCGCUGAGCAGGCCGAGGCGUCGAAUGUCAAUAUGCGCUGCUUCUCCCUUACUACUGAUGGCCCUAUGCACGUGCUGUGGGUGCACACGCCUGCUGGGAAUGGCUCGCACAUGGUCUGGCUCGGCGCCUACCGCGUCACGCACCACGCUUCGGCUCUGGACUUGGUUCGCAAACUGGCACGCAUCUUGCAUUGGGGCGCUGGGGAUCUUCGCGAUUGGGUAAGACAUCAGUGCGUGCAGUAUAUUGACCGGAUUUUGAGUGGUUGA